CUUAAGCGUAGUCUACCUGAGACUCCACAGGAAUGUAUGUUAUACACUGUUACUGUAUAUAACUUUCACUAUCUGUGUAUCUGAAAAUACAAGCUGUUCUCGACACUCUGAGUUUGUGUCUUCCUCCUUGUAACACAACUGUUAUAUUUGGCGACCUUGCCUGCGUGAAGCUGACAUCUUUAACAUUUUUAGCCCGAAUCGAUCAUCAACCUUGAGGCAGCUCUAAUUUCAGACCAGACGGUUAGGCCCUUGGCUUGACAUCGCGGACGCCUUCCUUUAAGCGUCUUCAUUCCCUGUGAUCACAAAAACAGUGGACAACCUCCCCCCCCCACGCAAAGCACCGUCUCUUCUAGAAGGGGAAUUGACUUCCGGUCGGAACAGCUGCCGCCAGCGCCCCACUUGGACCUACCUGCCUACAUUUGUCGGCAACCUGUUUUUUUCCGAUGGCUCAGAUCGUCGCCCUCGUCAUUUCAAGCUUGAUUGGUUGUGGGAUCAUAGUCAAUGCGAUGGAGUUAUCCGAUAUUCUGCCUGGUCGAUUCAUUUAUGACAAAAUGAGCCCACCCAUACUGGAAGGUCAGCCAGCGAAGGUGUUCAAUCACUUGACAGUCAUGGGCCUUGAUUCUAUUGACGAGAAAUCAAUGACUUACAUGGCUGAUGUCUUUUACGUCCAGUCAUGGCGGGAUCACCGUCUCAGCCUUCCGGAAAAUAUGACUUCUGAAUACAGACUAUUGGACGUUGAAUGGUUGAAGAGCAUUUGGCGCCCAGACUCAUAUUUCAAGAAUGCCAAACAAGUCACAUUCCAGACAAUGACCAUUCCAAACCACUAUCUAUGGCUCUACAGAGACAAAAAAAUCCUCUAUGUCGCCAAGCUGACCUUGACUCUGUCGUGCUCCAUGAAUUUCGCCCUCUACCCACAUGACUCUCAAGAGUGCAAGAUUCAGAUUGAAAGCUUAUCUCACACUACUGGCGACUUGGUUUUCCUGUGGGAAGAUGACAUGCCCCUUGAUGUUUGGAAGAAUAUAGAAUUACCGCAGUGGCAGUUGGAAGGAAACUACAAAAACGAUUGCACACAAGUUUAUGCUACAGGAAACUUUACUUGUCUGGAGGUGGUCUUUGUACUAAAGCGACGACUGGGUGACUACAUGUUCCACAUUUACAUCCCGACUUGCUUAGUUGUUGUAAUGUCUUGGGUAUCGUUUUGGAUUAAACCUGAAGUAGCUCCUGCUCGAGUCACAUUGAUCGUCAUGUCACUUUUGAUUCUGUCAACGCAACAUACUAAAUCUCAAGCAGCAUUACCACCCGUCUCUUAUCUCAAGGCGAUAGACGCUUUUAUUUCAACAUGCACAAUAUUCGUGUUCAUGGCGUUGAUGGAGUAUUGUCUGGUGAACAUCAUCUUGGGCGAUUCAGACACACCAAAGAUUGCUAAUAAGUCUCCUAAGCCUGAAAAAAUUUUCGACCUUGCUUCAAAGGAAAACGUUCCCAUGUUGAUGGGGCAACCGCCAAACCCACCAGGACCAACACCAGCUCAGCGCGCGCGAAUGAGGGCUAUUCAAGUCGACCGAUUUUCUCGAUUCUUUUUCCCAUUUCUGUUUACUGUGCUUAAUGUUUCUUAUUGGGUCGUUUUCACUUUUUAUCUUUAAAUUCUAUUCGUGAAAGAAACGUCAUUGAAGCCAAGUAGCUUUAAUGCCAUCAAGUUUAGUAACCUUUAUUUGUUUAGGUUUAUAUUCGUUCACCAGUUUUUAUUUUUCACGAAUUUGAUUCUCCGAUAUCAUUAAACUACUCAAUUGUAUAACAUGUUGGUCCACUAUCUAAUCCAGCCUUUAAUAAUCUUUAGUUCUUCCCCAAAUUAUGAUGCUUCAAAAUAAAAAAAAAACGUUAGGGCAGUUUAUUUCAGAACUUAGUCAUAAGUCAUUUAUUGUAUUUUCCCGAAUCGUAAGACUAAUAUUAGACCUCAUGUAUGUCAUCUUCGCUUAAUAACUCAUCGUAAAAAAUUUAUAUAAAAUUUG